AGCGCCUCUUGUGGGUCACGCAACACUCUUUUCCUCUCCCAUUAGCUAAACUUCAACCUAAACCAAAACACAAAGUGUUCAAGUGUGAACCCCUUUUGGUUGGCUUCGAAUUUUGUUUUAGUGUAAUGAGUAGUUCAGCUAAGAACGCGGCAAACGCGGUGGGUGGUAAAACAGCAAGGGCAUGCGACAGCUGCAUAACGAAACGGGCUCGUUGGUACUGUGCUGCCGACGACGCUUUCCUAUGCCAAGCUUGCGACUCUUCGGUCCACUCCGCCAAUCCCUUGGCUCGCAGACACGAACGAGUCCGCUUGAAAACGGCGUCGUUCAAGUCCGGCGACGAACAACAGCCUCCGACGUGGCACACCAAGAAAGCUCGGACGCCGAGGCAUGGGAAGCACUCUCCGGUCAGUCGCAAUAGCAACAUAAACCCCUUCUAUCUAGUUCCGGAAGUGGGUUCGGAGGAGGUGAAUUCCCAGGACGAGAACGAGGAGCAGCUUCUUUAUAGGGUUCCGAUAUUCGACCCUUUGGUAGCUGAGCUAUGUGGGACUAAUAGUUCUGCUUCUUCGGCGACGUCAACUGAUGAAGGAGGAGUAGCGGCUGCUGCUGCUGCUGCUGCUGCUGCUGCUGCUGAGGUUGAAAAGAAAGGGGUUGAGAGCAAUGUUUUCUGUCACAACAAUGAGAUGGAAAACUUGCAUGGAUUGCUUCCUUCUGAUGCAGAACUUGCUGAGUUUGCUGCUGAUGUUGAGAGCUUGUUGGGUAGGGGACUUGAAAACGAGUGCGUGGGGAUGGAGGUGCUGGGGCUGGUGGAUGCGAAAGAGGAGUGUUGGGUGAAGGUAGAAGAGGAAGAGGAAGAGGAAGAGGAAGAGCAUGGUGCAGUGGAGAUGGAGAUGGAGAUGGUGGGUGGAAGAGAUGAAUCGUUUGAGUUGAGCUUUGAUUAUGAAAUGUGUGAAGAGGUGAAUGAGAAGGAAGAUGAGGAGGAGAAAAGGAAGAAGAAGAAGAUAUCGUUGCAGCUAGAUUAUGAGGGGGUAAUCAUCGCUUGGCCUAGUCAGAAGUCUCCUUGGACCACUGCUCACAGGCCUAACUUGGACCCUGAUCAGUGCUGGCACGAAUGCAUGGGAGGUUGUGGAACGGCAGUGGAUAAUCCUUAUGGUGAAAUGGGAAUGGGAGGGUUUGGAAUUCAUCCAGUAAUAAUGGACGGAGGGAGAGAGGCAAGGGUGUCAAGGUACAGAGAGAAGCGCCGCACAAGGUUGUUCUCCAAGAAAAUAAGGUACGAGGUUAGGAAAUUGAAUGCAGAGAAGAGACCCAGAAUGAAGGGCAGGUUUGUCAAGAGGGCCUCCUUUGCACCACCCACAUUUCCUUUGCUAAAUAAAUAACCCUUUUCUUAAUAUUCUUCUUAAUCUCAACUUUUCUUCCUAUCCUAUAUUUUUCUACGUCCUAUGCAUGCCUUUUCUUUUUCUUUUUCUUUUUCUUUUUCUUUUUAUUUCUUUCUAUAUAACAAUUUUUUUUAGUUAAUCAAAUACUCCCAAUUUCUAAUCAUCUCAUAAAUAACUAAUAUAACCAUUUUUGUCA